AUUGCGGCUGCUACCAGCCUCCUCAUGGCGAGCAGCGUUGUUGGAGCUGACUUCGGGUCGUUGAGUAACAUAGCUGUAUAUUGGGGACAAAACUCUUACGGGCAAGCUGCAGGGCCAUUCACACAGCAGAGCCUCGCAACGUAUUGCGCAGACACCAAUGUCGACAUCAUACCCUUGGCUUUCAUGGUACAGAUGACGGGUGGCUACAAUAUGCGAUAUAACACGUCAACCAACAACUACUUCCUCCCAACUGAUGAGAUGAGCAGGUCAAGCGGACAGAACGAGCAAAGAAUGGUGUUGAAUUUCGCUAAUGCCGGGAAUAAUUGCAGUAUCUUUCCGGAAACAGGACUACUCGAUUGUGGAUCAACCAUUGGUCGGGACAUCAAGACGUGUCAGCAGACGUUUGGAAAGAAGAUACUGCUAAGUAUAGGUGGUGCCACAUAUUUUGAGGGCGGUUUCGUCAGUGACGACGCAGCCAUAGCAGCAGCGGAAACAAUAUGGCAGACAUUCGGUCCUACUGACAACGACAGUGAAGCUUCCAAUGUUGACUCUUCAUCAUUGUCGACUAUGUCCACCAUCCUGACAGCAUCCAAUAGCUUACCGAGCAAUACGAAUACCAUGUCGAUUCUGCAGCAGCCCGCAGACUCUGGUGUCACCUUUGCAAUCAAGACAAGCGCGAGCGAAGAUCACUCUGGUUCGGGACUCAGAAGCACCACGGCCACAUCCUCGUUGGACGUCGGCGCAAGUACUCUUCCAACGAUGGAUCUAUUUCGAUUGCAAGCCACUGCUGUAAUGACUCCUGAAUCUAAUGCGACUGGUCUAGCAGCCAACACCACUAUGAAUGGAAAUGGCACUUUCCAGGCAUAUUCUUGGCCUGUCUCAAACGCCACGCUACUUCGGGCUUCCAAUACUACCAAUAAUGACAGGAUCGUGGUUUCAACGAGUAACAUCACGCGUCGAUCAGUGGCCUCAAUUCUUCGACCAUUCGGCGACGCAGUGAUCGAUGGUUUCGAUUUCGAUCUCGAAACCAGCAAUCAAAAUUUUGUGCCUUUUGCACGCCGUCUUCGACAGCUCAUGGACAUCGAGACCGCGAAGACAUACUAUUUGACUGCCGCACCCCAAUGUCCCUUUCCAGAUGGUGCUGUCUCGCAGCUUCUUGAGAGUGAUGUUAGAUUGGAUGCUGUGUUUGUACAGUUCUACAACAACUACUGUGGUCUCCAGUCCUUCACAGCCAAUACUGCCACACAAGUUACGUUCAACUUCGAUAUCUGGGACGCCUGGGCCAAGAGAGCCUCUGCUCGGUGGGCUGCGAAUACUACAGUCACUAAGCGUCAGACGCGCAGCACGGCGAAUGUCAAGGUGUAUCUUGGUGUUCCUGCUGCUCUUUCUGCUGCCAGCUCUGGCUACGCAUCAAUCGAGCAGCUGAAGCCCAUCGUGGACUACAGCCGGCAGUUUGAGAGCUUUGGUGGUGUAAUGAUGUGGGAUGCAAGCCAAGCGAAGGCGAAUGAGGGAUUCCUGUCUGGUGUCAAAAGACUUUUGACAACGGACCAGCAAGCCACGACGUCUCUUGUGACGACGUCCGCGACUGCCACACAGACCUCGACGGCCACAAACCAAAGCGUCACGUCAGCAAUCGAGGCCAUCACGAGCUCGACGAGUAUGACCAUCUCGUCUCUUUCGAUGGAUACCACUACCUCGACGUCAUCUGGAGUAGUGACCUCGACCAAGCCCAUGCUCACCUCAUCAGAACUAUGGUCGACACCAGAAUCUAGCACAACGCCAAUUGCGGAAACCUCGUCAGCCGACCCUACUGGUGCGACCAUGGAUGUAUCCGGUCCGACUACUUCACUCGUUCCAUCAACUUUACAUGAAACUCCUUGUAUCACCACGAUUUCUACGAUGACAGUAACUUUUUGGAGCACUACAAGUACCGAGAACAGUUUUUCGACGACUUUCAGGACAUUCGUCUCGGCAACACCAAGGAUUAUAGGAGUUGCGAACCCUCCUCUUCUAGGCGAUGCACUGCGCCCCACGCCGAUAGUCCGAUAG